UUUCUAUACAGCUGGUUUUCAUCCCCGCACAUUCAUUAUGGGAGGUCGGCGGGGAAGCCCCGAGGGUGUGUGCCAGAUCUGGGCUUUGCGAUGCUUUGCACCCUGUGCUCUCGCCGGGCUUGGCCUUUCAGCAACAUCCGAGGAGCAGAGCGCGCCUCAGUUUCCCUAACCUCUCGGCUGCCGCGUGUGCGGACGCAGCUCUCUGUGCACAUCGGUUUGGACGCCUCCGCCAAGGCCAUCGUUCUGGAGCAGUGCGCCAAGAACCGGGGCUACCGGGACGCCGACAUCUGGGGCUUCCGGCCGGCACGCGGCGAGUGCCUUCCGGAUGGCCCGGAAGUGAUAGCCUCGGAGGUCAGCAUGAAGGCGGUGAGCAAGCGCGUGGCCGUGGAGGGCGUGGAGGUGACCUUUUCUCGAGAUGCCGGCAGAUAUGUCUGCGAUUACACCUACUACCUGUCUUUGCAUCAUGGAAAUGGGUGCGCGGUCCUCAUCCAUGUGCCUCCGUUAUCCCGUUGGCUCCCAGCCAGUCUGCUAGGCAAAGCCCUGCAGGUCAUCAUCCAGGCCAUGCUGGAGGAGCUGAGAAAGCCCAAUCUCGAAGCCUGGUUUGCAGAAAACUCAACCGCCGCGAUUCCAGCCCAGGGGAACCAAUUGGGGGACUGCUUUAGAGAAAAUUAAAUGUUUCAAUCCUGUGCGCAGAGUUCAACUGUGCUUUGAGAGACUUUUAAAAAAUGGCUUGUAAAACAGUUUACACAGAGGCAAGAAAGCUCUGAAUUAGUUCAGCGAAAUCACAAAGGGUUAUUUUAUUGUCAGAAGAAAGAAGAACACUCUGAAAGGCAGACAUUUCACAAGGGAUUAACUAGCUUCAGUUAUGGUUUUCAUGACAAUAAAAUGAAAUCCUAGUAUUUUUUUUUUUUUCUCUUAAAAAGACUGUGCAGGGGCCUGUGGGAUCCUGCCCGGAUUGCUAAGACUGCAGACCUGUUGGGCACAGCUGCAUGUGAUGGGUUGAUCUGUGGCCAGCUGGCCAGGGGGGGAACACAGGCUGAGCGGCCACUUGGUUCCCCUUCCCUGGCUUCCACCCUCAUGCGUCCAGGUGCUGUGUGCGGCUUCUGACCCCCAAGUCUCUAGUGUUUGGUUUUUCUUUUUCUACUCUUUUUUAAAAAUUGUGUUUAAUACGCAUAACAUAAAACUUAUCCUUUUAACCAUUUUCCACUGUUUCUAGACAUUCACUUGUUGUGUAGUCAUCACCACUGAUGUAUCUCAAGAACUUUCUCAGCAUCGCAAACUGGAACUCUCUCCCACUAAACAACAACCUCCCCUCUCCCCCUAGCCCUUGGCAACCAUUAUUCCACCUUCCAUCUAUGAAUUUGACUACUCUAAGGACCUCGUAUACAUGAAUCACACUAUUUGUCCUUCUGUGACUGGCUUAGUUCACGGAGCAUAAUGUCUUCUAGGUUUAUGCGUGUUGUAGCGUGUGUCAGAAUUUCCUUUUUUAGACUAAUAUUUCAUUGUAUGUAUGGAUCACAUUUGGUUUAUUCAGUCAUCCUUUGGUGGACACUGGGUUGCUUCCACCUCUUGGUUAUUAUGAGUACUACUACCAUGUACACUGGUAUGCAAAAAUUUGUUAGAGUCCCUAA